CUGCGCUGCCCUUAGAGGGGGCGGCCCCGGGCGGCCCCCGCCCGCAGCGCCGGGUUUUCCGGCAGCGCCGGGACGCGACGGGGACGGGGACGGAGGCGGCGGGGCGGGGCGGCCGGCGGCCGGGUUCGCUGCGGGAUCGGCUUCGGGAACGGCUAGUUUUUUAUUUUUCCUUGUUGCUAACAAUUAUAAGCAGAUCCACGGCAAUGCAAGCACAUAAACCUGCACCAGCACCUGGAUUUUCAAAUGCUGGCUAUGCACCAGGAAAUCAAGCCCCUUGUGACUACCCUCAGCAGGCACCCGGGACUUACCAAGCACCAGGUGUCGCAGAUGCGGGGAGCUAUGGCUUCCAGCUACAGGCCAUGAGUCCAGUUCCACCUGGAUUUGCUGUUCCACCCGGAUUUGCUGGUCCACCCAUCCAGAACCAGCCUGUCAUGCAGGAGGGGGCAAUCUGGAUGCCAGUCCCUCCUCCUUUUCCCAACUGUCCUCCUGGACUGGAAUACCUCACACAGAUUGACCAGAUAUUAAUUCAUCAGCAAAUUGAACUUCUCGAGAUUUUGACUGGCUUUGAAACAAAAAACAAAUAUGAAAUCAAGAAUACUCUGGGGCAAAGGGUGUACUUUGCAGCAGAGGACACUGACUGCUGUACCAGGAAUUGCUGCGGGCCAUCACGACCCUUCACCAUUCACAUCACAGACAACCUGGGCCACGAGGUGAUAACACUGGAGAGACCCCUCCGGUGUUCUUCGUGCUGCUUUCCCUGCUGCUUACAGGAGCUAGAAGUUCAGGCGCCUCCAGGAACACCAGUUGGUUACAUUGUCCAGAACUGGCAUGCCUGCCUGCCAAAGUUUACCAUUCAAGAUGAGAAAAGGAUGGACAUACUGAAAAUCUCUGGCCCAUGUGUUGUCUGCAGCUGUUGUGAGGAUGUUAAUUUUGAGGUGAAGUCUGUGGAUGAGAGCUGUGCUGUCGGGAGGAUCUCUAAGCAGUGGACUGGGCUUUUGAAAGAAGCCGUUACAGAUGCAGAUAACUUUGGAAUCACAUUCCCAAUGGACCUUGAUGUAAAAAUGAAAGCUGUCAUGAUCGGUGCUUGCUUCCUUAUCGACUUCAUGUUUUUUGAUCAUGCUGGUGAUAAAAAACAGCGAGCAGGAGUUUGGCAAUGAAAUCUAGAAGUUUUGUAUAAAAGGAUGAAGAACAUAAAUCUCUCAACUUUCCAGUGGAUUGCAGAGCUCCAGUAAGAAUACUAGAAAUGUACAUUUUGUGCUUGUAGUUAUAUUUCUAUAAACUAAAACCUUAUGGUCUUUUUUUUUUUUUGGGGGGGGGGGGGGAGGGUAAUCUGAUGAAAUAAUAUGUACUAUGCAAAUAAGAAUGCUUUGCCUGUACAGAUCAAUGCUGUAAUUUACAGGAAUAUUUUCCCAAGAAAUUUGGAACUGUAAAAUAACUCCUUAUAGUUACUUUAAUGCCUAAAAAAGAGGACUAUUUCUAUACUCAAUAUUAAUAUAAGCAGUAAGCCUAAUAAAGAGGUCCUGAUCUUUU